AUGGGCACUGUUCAAGAAGCUAUUCACCUUGGCUUCAUUGCCGCAGAUUUUCUUUCAAACACUAAACGAGGUGUCCAGGCUAUCGAGCUCUGGGACGAGUGCUUACAGCUGUGCUUAAUACUACUAAACAACAAAACCUUAGAAAACGAACAUGAACUUGCCACAAUAGUUGGUGUAGCGCUGUAUAAGAAGCUAGCGCUGUCGUAUGAAAAUGCUGCUAUUACGAAACUUUCACCAGCUAUAGAAUCUGGCAAAAAGCUUUUAGUCCUACUUCGUAAUCAUAAGAGAAAAAAAGAAGAAGGUGAGACAGCCUCGAUGUUAUCAAAACUGUACUUCGAAAAAAGUGAAUACCAGGAAGCACAAGCAGUCCUCAAAAUUGCACUAAGCGUUUACAAAGAAAUCGAAGACAAAGACGGAGAAGCGUCAUGCUACAUAAACCUAGGAAAUGUGUUUCCAUGUGUCGGAGAAUAUGCCAAGGCUGAAGAAUAUCUUCAGAAAGCACUUACCAUCAUGACAGAAAGUGGCGACAAACACGGAGAAGCGUCAUGCUACGGAAGCCUAGGAAAUGUGUUUCAAUCUGUCGGAGAAUAUGCCAAAGCUGAAGAAUAUCUUCAUAAAGCACUUACCAUCAUGACAGAAAUUGGCGACAAAGACGGAGAAGCGUCAUGCUACGUAAACCUAGGAAAUGUGUUUCAAUCUGUCGGAGAAUAUGCCAAGGCUGAAGAAUAUCUUCAUGAAGCACUUACCAUCAAGACAGAAAUUGGCGACAGAAACGGAGAAGCGUCAUGCUACGGAAACCUAGGAAAUGUGUUUCAAUCCGUCGGAGAAUAUGCCAAGGCUGAAGAAUAUCUUAAUAAAGCACUUACCAUCGUGACAGAAAUUGGCGACAAAGACGGAGAAGCGAGAUGCUACAUUAUCCUAGGAAAUGUGUUUACAUGUGUCGGAGAAUAUGCCAAGGCUGAAGACUAUUUUCAUAAAGCACUUACCAUUAGCACAAAAAUUGGCGACAGAAAGGGAGAAGCGACAUGCUACGGACGCCUAGGAAUUGUGUUUCGAUCUGCCGGAAAAUAUGACAAGGCUGAAGAAUAUCUUUAUAAAGCACUUACCAUCAACACAGAAAUUGGCGACAGAAACGGAGAAGCGACAUGCUACGUAAACCUAGGAAAUGUGUUUCAAUCUGUCGGAGAAUAUGGCAAGGCUGAAGAAUAUCUUUAUAAAGCACUUACCAUCGACACAGAAAUUGGCGACAGAAACGGAGAAGCGACAUGCUACGGAAACCUAGGAGCUGUGUUUCAAUCUGUCGCAGAAUAUGCCAAGGCUGAAGAAUAUGUUCAUAAAGCACUUACCAUCAACACAGAAAUUGGCGACAGAGUGGGAGAAGCGUCAUGCUACGUAAACUUAGGAAAUGUGUUUCAAUCUGUCGGAGAAUAUGCCAAGGCUGAAGAAUAUCUUCAUAAAGCACUUACCAUCAACACAGAAAUUGGCGACAGAAACGGAGAAGCGACAUGCUACGGAAACCUAGGAAAUGUCUUUCUAUCUGUCGGAGAAUAUGGCAAGGCUGAAGAAUAUCUUCAUAAAGCACUUACCAUCAAGACAGAAAUUGGCGACAGAAAGGGAGAAGCGUUAUCCUACGUAAACCUAGGAAAUGUGUUUCAAUCUGUCGGAGAAUAUGCCAAGGCUGAAGAAUAUCUUCAUAAAGCACUUACCAUCAACACAGAAAUUGGCGACAGAAACGGAGAAGCGACAUGCUACGGAAACCUAGGAGCUGUGUUUCAAUCUGUCGGAGAAUAUGCCAAGGCUGAAGAAUAUCUUCAUAAAGCACUUACCAUCAACACAGAAAUUGGCGACAGAGUGGGAGAAGCGUUAUGCUACGUAAACCUAGGAAAUGUGUUUCAAUCUGUCGGAGAAUAUGCCAAAGCUGAAGAAUAUCUUCAUAAAGCACUUACCAUCAACACAGAAAUUGGCGACAGAAACGGAGAAGCGUCAUGCUACGUAAACCUAGGAGCUGUGUUUCAAUCUGUCGGAGAAUAUGGCAAGGCUGAAGAAUAUCUUCAUCAAGCACUUACCAUCAACACAGAAAUUGGCGACCGAAACGGAGAAGCGACAUCCUACGGACACCUAGGGAAUUGUGUUUCAGUCUGUCGGAGAAUAUGCCAAGGCUGAAGAAUAUCUUCAUAAAGCACUUACCAUCAACACAGAAAUUGGCGACAGAGACGGACAAGCGUCAUGCUACGUAAACCUAGGAAAUGUGUUUGAAUCUGUCGGAGAAUAUGGCAAGGCCGAAGAAUAUCUUCAUAAAGCACUUACCAUCAACACAGAAAUUGGCGACAGAAAGGGAGAAGCGACAUGCUAUGUAAACCUAGGAAAUGUGUUUCAAUCUGUCGGAGAAUAUGGCAAGGCUGAAGAAUAUCUUCAUAAAGCACUUACCAUCAGCACAGAAAUUGGCGACAGAAAGGCAGAAGCGUCAUGCUACGUAAACCUAGGAACUGUGUUUCAAUCUGUCGGAGAAUAUGCCAAGGCUGAAGAAUAUGUUCAUAAAGCACUUACCAUCAACACAGAAAUUGGCGACAGAAAGGGAGAAGCGUCAUGCUACGUAAACCUAGGAGCUGUGUUUCAAUCUGUCGGAGAAUAUGCCAAGGCUGAAGAAUAUCUUCAUAAAGCACUUACCAUCAACACAGAAAUUGGCGACAGAAACGGAGAAGCGACAUGCUACGGAAACCUAGGAAAUGUGUUUCAAUCUGUCGGAGAAUAUGCCAAGGCUGAAGAAUAUGUUCAUAAAGCACUUACCAUCAACACAGAAAUUGGCCACAGAAACGGAGAAGCUACCUGCUACGGAAACCUAGGAAAUGUGUUUCAAUCUGUCGGAGAAUAUGCCAAGGCUGAAGAAUAUCUUCAUAAAGCACUUACCAUCAAAACAGAAAUUGGCGACAGAAACGGAGAAGCGUCAUGCUACUUAAACCAAGGAGCUGUGUUUCAAUCUGUCGGAGAAUAUGGCAAGGCUGAAGAAUAUCUUCAUAAAGCACUUACCAUCAAGACAGAAAUUGGCGACAGAAAGGGAGAAGCGACAUGCUACGGAAACCUAGGAGCUGUGUUUCAAUCUGUCGGAGAAUAUGGCAAGGCUGAAGAAUAUCUUCAUAAAGCACUUACCAUCUACACAGAAAUUGGCCACAGAAACGGAGAAGCGAAAUGCUACGGAAACCUAGGAGCUCUGUUUGUACGUGUAGGAGAAUAUGGCAAGGCUGAUGAAAAUCUUCAUACAGCACUUACCACCAACACAGAAAUUGGCGACAAAGACGGAGAAGUGUCUCGCUACCUAAAGCUAGGAAACACAUCUCAAGCCUUAUCGGAUCUCUGGUCAAGCAUUAAAAUUUACGAAAAAAUGCUUACUUCUCUAGGAAGCAAAGAUAGCCACAAUAUAUCGUUUUUUGACAAACACGCGUCUCCCUAUCGGCUGUUUUGUUCAUUGAGUUGUUCUUGUGGGAAACACGAUGAAGCUUUACACGCUGCUGAACUUGGACGGGCCAGAGCUCUAGCAGAACUUAUGUCAAAUCGCUACUCCAUUGAAAAAGAAAUAUCCAUCAACCCACAAUCGUUUGUUGGCAUCGCGGAAGUAAUUAAGAAAAAUGGCAACAGCACCUGCCUAUACAUCUCCUACCACAAAGACAAUAUAUUUUUGUGGGUUUUGAAACAAAGCAAACCGGUAGCUUUCCGAAGAACGAAACUUUGUGAAAGCUAUGUUAGCAAGCAUGGCAAAAUCUCUGUGUAUGACCUGUUUGGAAACGAAAGCUUAUUAAGAAAAUUUCACGUUUUACCUCAAGAGCAAUGCGAAGACCGAUCACUCUUCUCUUCAUUCGCCAACCAACUUACAAACGAAUCAAAUCUGGAAGAUAGUCUCUUAACCUUGCGUCCUCUUUUAGAUGAGGAUGAAGUAUACACGGACCCUGAACCGCCAACACUUUUUCAGGUUUACAACAUGUUGAUUGCUCCCGUGAGUGACUUGCUAGAAGGAUCUGAAAUCAUUGUUGUUCCUGAUCGCUGCUUCUUCCAAGUUCCGUUUGCAGCAUUACACGAUGAAAGUAGCCGCUAUUUAUCAGAUUCUUUCAGGAUACGAAUUGUCCCUUCUUUGACGACGCUCAAGCUCAUUCUGGACAGUCCAGGCGACUCUCACAGCGAAACUGGUGCAUUGAUUGUGGGUGAGCCAAGAGUGACGGAUGUGUAUUUCAAGGGAAAGUCAAGGUAUCUCUGUCCAUUGCCUGGCGCGAAAGGGGAAGCAGAGGUGAUUGCGAGACUACUACCUGAAUCUCACCUUUUAAUAGGAGAGCAAGCAACAAAGCAGGCGGUUCUUCAGAGAAUACCCUCAGUGAGCCUCGUACAUUUCGCUGCUCAUGGUGAUGCCGAAAGAGGAGAAAUUGCUCUUACCCCCGCUGACUCCACAGUGGAGUUUCCACACGAAGCAGACUACUUACUGUCAAUGACCGACAUUUCACAAGUUAGACUGUCAGCCAAACUGGUGGUCCUUAGUUGUUGCCAUACCGCACGUGGACAGAUCAAAACAGAAGGCGUUGUUGGAAUCGCUCGAGCAUUCUUAGGAUCGGGUGCACGCUCAGUGUUGGUGGCAUUGUGGGCCUUACAAGACAGAGCAACAGAGGAGUUCAUGGGAAGAUUGUACGAAAACCUUGUCCAAGGGAAAAGUGCAAGCGAAAGUCUUCACCGGGCCAUGAAGUGGAUGCGAAAUAACGGUUUCUCAGAAGUGAGGCAGUGGGCACCUUUCAUGCUGAUUGGGGAUGACGUGUCAUUUCACUUUGGUGAAGAAAAGUGA